AUGAGUGAGAUGUCACAUAGUCCUAGUGUCGAUCAAUUGACGCUCGAUGAAAAUGAUAAUGUCGAAAUAUCUCAAAUGCUUUGGAACCAUUCACAUUCAGAAGAAUUCGUUAGCAAUAAAUCACAUGAUAGUUCCUUCGAUAUAAAUAAUUAUAAUACAGAUGAUUUGGAGGAUGCAGUCUCUGAGUCUGGUUCAAACUCAGAUUUAGAUAUGUUGGAAAAUGUUCAAUCAAAAUCGUAUACGGCAACGCCACAUGGUGUAGAUAGUAACAACAACAGCAUUGGGAAUGAAGAGGAAUUCUACCAACCAUUGCCGCCACCAAAGGAAUUGGAUCCCGAUAAACUUUAUGCUCUAUAUGCAUUCACUGGAUCUGAUCCAUCGUAUUGUCAAUUGACACAGGAUGAAGAUUGCAUAUUGUUGAACGAUGAAGAUGCUUAUUGGUGGCUGGUUAAACGGUGUAAGGAUGGAAUAAUAGGGUUUGCCCCUGCAGAAUUGUUAGAAACAUUUUGUGAGAGAUUAGCUCGGUUGAAUUCCUGGAAGAAUGAACAAGCAUUACUUAAUCAAAUUCGUUAUGGACCUAAUCAUCAACAGUUGAAAAAUUAUAAAAACGGAAACAAAUCGGUGAGCUUUAGUGAAGUAGUCUCAUAUGCGAAUGACACUUUAAGUAGUGUCCAGGUGAAAAACGUGUUAGAAGAUCUUGAUAAUGAUUAUGAUGAUGACGAUGAUGAUGAUGAAGAUGACGAUGAUGAUGAUGAAGAUAAAGAAGAAGAUAUUAUAAAACCCUUAAAAUUUUCUGUAUUCCCAGAAUCUACAUCACAAUCUUCAUCACAAUCUUCAUCGGAUAAAUAUUUACUACAGUCAUCUGCAAGUAUAGGAAACUGUAAGACAGAUAGUCAAAGUUUGUCAUCAUUAUUAACUGAACCCUCUAACACUAAAAAUGAUUCGUUGCAUCCAUAUAUUGCACAUCUAUAUACACCUGUCUUCACACAAGUUGAUGAUCUUCUAGGUAAAUUAAAUACCUGGAUAACUUGA